UCCGGACGUGGUAGACUUGUUCCCCACCCCCUUGCCCUCGAGAACCCCUCGUCUUGCCCUGCUCGGCCUGACCAUCUGUCGCUAGAGACAGCACAGCACGUCUGUCUCCAUGCAUGCUUACUUGCCAUGCCAUGCCAUUCCCAUGCUACAUCUACAUCUACGUUCACUCCACUCUCUUCAAGCCGCUCACGCUACCCUCUCAUGCCACAAUUCAAGGCGAAGAUUGAAAGGGCACUCGUGUAUGACCCAAACCCAACCUCCACUUGACUCAUGUCUAUCCCCUCUUUCUCUCGCGCUUUGUCUAGUCCUGUCGUGUCGUGUCGUGUCUACUCUUGUCGUGUCGUGAAUAUAUCUUUGAUUCGGUCGCGCAUUUCUGGCCUGUGAGCAAAGAUCACAACGCAUCGUCCUUC